AUGACAGCGGUGGGUGCCAAGGCCAGUGGUAUCGUCACCGUUGUGGCCGAGCCCGUUGACCCUGAAAAUGACGAGAUUACGUCAAUAUGGCAAGAGGUUCAGGUCAUGGUAGUUCGCAUGGCUGGAGGCGACCCCAGCAAGAUUGACAAGCAACUUGACAUCGACGGAGUCAUGCGUCACCUAGAGCAGGUGCAGGCGUCCGACCAGAAGGCUGCUGAGAAGCACGGCCAAGUCAAGAAAGCCUUCAAUCGGACCCUCCAGUUCAUUUCGAAAGUAGGGGGGAUGAUUGCCGAUGGCGCUUCAAACGCUUUUGGGCCUGCGAAUACUUGCUUCAACGCUCUCACGUUUGUCAUUGCAGCAUGGCAGUCAUAUUCCGCGGCGUUUGAGAGCCUUGCAGAGCUGCUUGAAAAGUGCGCUCAGUUCUUCGAGAGACUCACAUACUACAAGGCGAUGGACGCGUCUCUUCGCAAAGUCAUCUCGUGCCAAUUCAAGCUCUUCAUCAACGUAUGCGACAAAGCUCUUCAACUUAAAAAGAAACGGCACAAGGUUACCAUGUUCCUGAAGCACAUGUUUCUGGAUGAUGACGACAUCAAGGGACUGCUGGCUGCCAUGGAGAACUUGACAGCUAGAGAACACGGACUUGUCUCUGCUCAAACUUUCAAGAUCAGUCAAGACGCUGCAAAGGCUAGUCAGGAGGCUGCGCAAACUACAAAAGAGAGCUCAGUUAAGCUCGAUACCCUGGUAGAACAGAACGCCACACAGAGGCAAGAGAAAGCCGAGCAAAAGUUCAAGGACAAAGUCCAGGAAGCCUUCUUCGGCAAGAACUCUAAAGACGCGAUAGAGAAAUGGGAAAGUCCCCUACGCAAGCACAAAGCUGAUCUGAUUGACGGAACUGGUCAGUGGCUGAACGAUGAGCCGCUUUUCACCUCAUGGAUGACGGGCGACGACAACACAGAUCCCAUCCUGGGUAUUGAAGGAGAGAAAGGCUCGGGAAAGUCACGUAUUGCCACGCACAUUAUCAACCGACUCCAGAAACAGAAGACCGUGGAUGGUUCAAGCACGAGAUCAGUCUGUGCAUAUUACUUUCAGGAGGCCGAUUCCAAGGAAGAUGCCAACCAGGGGUUCCGGAAGAAGCAUGUAAUAGCUGGAAGGAUCUCAAAAAGUCUGCUGUGGCAGCUCACGCAACAGGAACGUCCCUUCCUCAGGUCCGUCGCUGGGCUUUGCGUGACGGUGAAACUCGAUGACCCAGUCCACGUAUGGAAGCAAUUUCUUCUCGAGAAUGGCGAUCGAAGCAAUAUCGAAAGCACUUUUUUCAUCGUGCUUGACGGUCUCGGAGAGAACUUGGACGGGCUCACGACCCUCUUUCAGAAGUUGUCCGAGGACUCUCCUCGACUUCGCACCAGGGUUUUGGUGACCGGCACCAAAAGCACAUUCGAGCAGCUCGAAAGUGAAGACGGUAUCAGAAUGAAAAAGAUAACUCUGGGCACGCGAAAUAAGAAGGACAUGGAGCUUUAUAUCGACGCUCGAAUGAACGACAUGGAAAUUCUCAAAGACUUGAGCCGGCCCGACGUUCCAGAAACGAGGAAGAUGGUCCUGGAAAAACUUCUGGACUCCGCAAAUGGCGACUACGAUGUUGCAAGUACAACACUUGACAAGAUCGACCGAGUCGACUCCCUCGAGGAAGUAAAGGACUGUCUUGAAAAGGCUGGCGAAACCAGGUCUAAACAGAUUCUCGAAGAAUUCAAGAGACUCGAUGACAUCAUGAAGCCAAAGGAGAUCGAGGAGAUCAACGAAGUCAUUCUUUGGGUGAAAUGGGGACUGGAGUGGAUGACGCCGCAACAGGUUGAAGCCGCUCUGGAGUUGAAGGCAGAUCCAGAAUCUGCUACUCGCCAAACUUCUCUCCGCUCCCUUGAAUCCAAGAUCAGGACCAAGUACUCCCCACUGUUUCGAAUGGACGAUGACACAAUUGACUUCAAGGUCGACGAGAUGUGGGAGGACCAAAACAUUCCAGGGCCCAAGAAUCCCGAAUCGAUCUUACCCGAGGAACUUUACAUUGUGAAACAUUACCUCACAACUGUCUGUCCCAAAGAUGUUUAUGACAAGUUUGGGUUCAAGGACUUCUUCGAGAGAAAGAUGGAGCGCAAACAGAACCAUAUCUGCCAGGAUUCGAAUAAUGCGCAGAUCACACUCGCCCUAAGGUGUCUUCGGUGCCUGGUUGAUCCACAGACGGAAAAGAGCCAGAAGCUCCUCACAUACUCCGCGGAGUACCUUUACCAACACUUGGAGAAGACCGACCUCUCUCUGUCUAAUCGUGAUCUUAAGGUCGAGGCGGGAGCCCUCCUUUCUCGCUUGUUCGUCGAGGAGGCCGCUAUCACUGCACUGAUAUCACGGAGUUACGGAAACAACUGGGAGAUACAAAGCGCAUGUGAAACCAAAAGCUUGCCAAGCAACUGGGGACCUUGGAUUUUCAAUGAUUCGGGCAACAAACUACUCCAGAAGUGGUCCGAAGACUCCACGGUUCUUGAGCAUCUGGAAGACAAGAACGCCCUGAAGAACGUGGCCAGCGGUGAAAACAACUGGUACCGCAAGGCCGCAAGGAUCACAACCAAGAAACUUUUUGACCGAGUAGACCGUGGAAGAGUCAUGCAAGAUCAUUUCACCUUACUCACUGGUCUCAUCAAAAGGUUGACUCAAUCAACCGAGGAAACAACGAAAGAGUUCAGUAUCGACGAAGACAAGCUCUGGCGACCUACGUUGGACGACUUCGACAUGGUUGAGGCUUGGACAUACGAGAACUUCGGCAAGGACGAAAUCAGCGACGCCGUAUGGCAAGAAGUGAUGAUGGAUAUUCUUUAUUGGAUAGAGGAUGGAGAAUUGGUCAGCUUCAAAGAUGUCGAGGCCAGAGCGAGGAGAACCCUUGAGCUUCACCCAGAUCACUGGGUAGCAAUGUCCUACAUGGGCGUCAUCAGAGAUUCUGCAGACCAGAUUGAUGAGAGCAUCACAAUGCUGGAGAAAGUCAUCGAACAGCUUAAGGAUGUGAAGAACGACCCAGAGUGGAGGUCGGCCAGAUCGAACUUGGGCACAUACACUAACGUGAUUAUUAACUUGGGUCAUCUUUAUUGGGAGAAGUCAGACGAAGCCAGCACAGAGAAAGCAGCGAAGCUAUAUCUGGCAGCGAUCGACGAAUCUCACUUCUUCAUCGAAUCCUUCGCUAUCAUCAUCGUCUCCUACUUCGCGAAACGGAGCCUUUGGGGCCACAUCGUGGCCUACUGCGAGAAGUUGGUUGGAACCACGACGAAGAACGGCACUACUGUUGCAGCCGAAGUGGUUCAGCACGCAUCCAAAAACUAUGGCUAUUGGUUUUGGAACGACCUCUUGACCACCUGCCUCGAAACUGAUCGAUGGGAUAUCCUUGAGAAUCUCUGGAAAGAAGGUGUCAAAAAGUCAGAGAGCCCAACACGUGAGCCAUACUGGAUAGCCCACAUGAACAAGUGGUACAAGUGGUGCUUGGCUCACCGACCCGGGUACAAGAACGCUGGCAUCAGUGCGAUUGAGAGCGUGCUACGGGAAGAGUGGGUGCAAGACUGGGACGCGGAAAUCCUGAACGAAUUCGCCGCGUUUUUGCUCCCAGCUUACACCAAGCGGGCUUUCAAGGAAGAUUCCACACCGGAGGCGAGAGCGAUUGGUAUUGAAAAGGUUAAGACCCUGGAUGCGAUAUUCAGGUCAGGUCUGAUAAGAGGGUUUGAUUCGUCGCUCAGGUUUGCGCGGUUUUCCCGACUCAACGGCGAUAUCAUGACGGGAAAGAGACUGCUGCGGGAUACCACGGCCCAGAUGCUCGAAAUGUUGUCAGAUGACGACGUCGAGAAUGAUUGGAAUUCAUUCCGGGUGCUCGCCCAGAUCUUCACCGCCAUGAAUGAUGAGGCCAAUCGCCAGGCCUGCUGGGAGAUGAUGAGCUACUCGAGACAAGCUGAGAUGAAAGAGUACGAGCGGAAGCUGAAGGCGUGGCAGGACUCCACAGCUUCGACGUCGAGGCCUUCGGAUGAGAAUGGCCCUGCUGAGGAAGUCAUUAUUGCCACCGGACAACCUGCCGAAGAGGCUUUGACGACUCCAGAAAGCGACACCACCACACAUUCAGAUCCGAUACCUGAACAUGUUGAGGCCGUGGCUGACGGUAACGAGACUACCAAGACUGAAGAGGAAACUUCCGGCAAUGAGGAGCCGGAGGCCUCAGCCAAGGAUGACGCUACUGCUGAGAAGUCCGCCGAUGCUCCCCUUCAGAAGCCCGAACUGCCUGUGAAGUGGAUAUGUUACUGCCGAGGCGGCUGCAACAGCUAUCCAGAGAUUCCAGACAGAAUUUGGGUUUGUGAGGACUGCGUCGGUCAUGUUUAUGUCGAUGAUGCCUGCUAUAUCAAAGACGGGCCCAAGGCAGUCAGAGACCUACACUGCACCGGAGACCACAAGUUCUUCCAACUGCCCCAAUGUGAUGAGGCAUGGAUCAAAGACAUUCCCAUGGGCAACAUAAGAGUCGGUGGCAAGUUCAUCCCCAUGGAGGAGUGGAAAGCGGAUGUCAAGGCCAACUAUGUGGAUUGUGUGGAAGCUGUCACGCCGGAGGACACAGACAUUGCUGAAUGA